AUGUGUGGGGAUUUUAAUGAGAUCCUCACACCUUCGGAAAAGAAAGGUGGACGAGUAAGAAAUGCAAGUAGCUGCCUUGGUUUCAAGACGAUGAUGCAGGUAUGUGGUAUGACUGAUUUGAAAUCAUCUGGUAAUCCAUUUAGUUGGGUAGGGAAGCGGAGAAAUGAGGUGGUCGAAUGUUGUCUGGAUAGAGUGUUAGUCAAUUCGGAGUGGAAUAAUGCUUACCCUGCUUCACAAAUGGAAUUUCUUGAUUUAGCUGAAUCUGAUCAUAGGCCUAUGAUCAUUAAUAUUGAAUAUGAAGAAAAGCAGCGACAAGGUCUGUUUCAAUAUGAUAAACGUUUAUAUCAUAAUGACGAUUUCAAAGAUACAGUCACAACUUCUUGGCAGACUCGUAUGAGACAAACUAAUCAAUUUUCUGCGAAGUUGGUUAAGUGCAGGUCUGCUAUGGCGAAAUGGAAGAGGAGAAAUAGGACGAAUGCAGCUGAGAGAAUCCAAAUGCUGCGUACUCAGAUUGAUGAAAAAUUGCGAGAUGCUUCAAUCCAGGUAUCAGAAAUUCAUCGUUUAAAGAAAGAACUUGGUGACGCCUAUUAUGAUGAAGAACAAUUUUGGAAACUGAAAAGCAGGAACAAAUGGUUACAAGCUGGGGAUCCGCCUAUUACAGAUAAUGAAGUCAAAGAGGCGGUAUUUCAAAUGGGACCUGACAAAGCACCAGGCGCAGAUGGAUUCACAGCCGCUUUCUAUCAACAAUUUUGGGAACAGAUUGGAGGAGAUGUAUGUCAUAUGGUUAAAGGAUUUUUUGAAACAAAUGAGAUGGAACCAGAAGUAUUAAGCCAGACGCUGAGUAAGGCCGAGAGAAUGAAAAAGUUCCAAGGUAUGAAAUUAGCAAGGAAUUGUCCAACGGUUACACAUCUACUGUUUGCUGACGACUCUCUCUUCUUCUGUAGAGCUACUCCAUCGGACUGUGGGCAAAUUGCAAAAAUAUUAUCUGAUUAUGAAGCUAUCUCUGGACAAAAGGUAAAUUUUCAAAAAUCGUCAGUUAUAUUUGGUAUGAGGAUUAAUGAAGAAUUCAGAGCUGUGUUACAAGGAAUUUUGGGGAUCAAUAAUAUAGGUGGUGGUGGUAAAUACCUGGGAUUACCUGAACAAUUUGGACGCAAGAAAAAGGAGCUGUUCCAGUUUGUCAUCAAACGGAUAGAGGAGAAACUAGGAGGAUGGUAUAAUCAGUUUCUGUCUCCAGCUGGUAAGGAAGUAUUAAUCAAAUCUGUGGCUUUAGCAAAACCAGUUUAUGCGAUGAAUUGCUUCCUUAUUCCCAAAACAACAUGUGAUGACAUUAAUAGUUUGUUGUCUGAAUUUUGGUGGGGCACAGAUAAUGGAAAGAGGAAGACCUCAUGGGUUGCUUGGAAAAGGAUAUCUUUGCCGAAAAAGGAAGGAGGUAUAGGAUUUAAAGAUUUACACAAAUUUAAUCUCGCUCUUUUGGCAAAGCAAGCAUGGAAGAUUUUGACGAACCCAACGUCUCUACUUGCAAGAAUUUACAAAGGAAGGUAUCAUCACUCAUCGAUGUUCUUAGAAUCGAUGUGUGGAGUGCAAUCAUCUUAUGGAUGGAGAUCAAUACAAGCAGGAAAAGAUCUGCUGAAAAAAGGUUUACGGAAGCUAUUAGGUAAUGGAAGGGAUACAUAUGUAGAUAUGGAUCAUUGGUUACCGGUUUUACCUCCACGUAUUAUCAACAAUGUUACUGGUGUGAAUAGACAAAGUUUACAUGUCCCAGUGUGUUCGUUAUGGCAGGAAGGAAAACGACAAUGGGACAAUGGGAAAUUAGAUCUUUUGUUGACACCAGAAGAUGCUGAUUUAGCACGGACGGUCAAUCUGUCACGUUAUGCCACUGAGGAUAGGUAUAUAUGGCCCUUCACAAAGGAUUGUAGAUACACAGUUAAAUCUGGUUAUUGGUUUGCUACACAUCAUGACCAAGAUGAUAUUAUUAUGCCUCCUACAGGAGAUAAGGAGCUGAAAAUGAAGAUCUGGAAUAUCAAGCUUUUACCAAAAAUCCAACAUUUCUUAUGGAGAGCUUUGUCGGGAGCACUACCAACAGCAGAAUCACUUAUAAAGAGAGGUAUACAAGCUGAUCCAAUCUGCAAGAGAUGUUGUUUAUAUGACGAAACCAUAAACCAUGUAUUAUUUGAAUGCUCCCAGGCGAAGUCAAUUUGGAGAUGUGCAAACUAUACUCUGUUUGAUAAUGUUGUACCAAAUUUGGAAGAGAAUAUCAAAUUGCUACUGGAAAACCAAGAGAACGUGUCUCUACCUAAUCAAGUAAGAUUUAUUCCUUUUUGGAUACUAUGGCAAAUCUGGAAAUCAAGGAACGAAUUUCUAUUUGAAAAAAGAAAUGUCCGUCCAAAUGUGGAUGCACAAAAAGGUAAUCAGAGUGCUACAGAAUUCUUGGCUGCUCAAGAGGGUAUUGCUCAAAAUUCAGGAUCAGCAAAGUUACCAUUUGUCGCCACAUCGUUUCAGGCAGAAGCUGCAGGUUUUCUUCACGUUUUACAAGUAGUCUGGGCACGUGGUUGGUGA